CAGUGUUGGAUAAAUCCCAUUAGGAUAACCGGCGACAUUGUUCGUUGGUAUUUUGUUAGACAAAAGGUUUAUUGAGCAUUGUCACACAACAGCAGCAGACACACACAACACAGUACAGGUAAACUGUGGUACAGACACUCACGGCACGGACUGAUGGCACGGCACCAAAUUGCGCACGGCCAGAUUGUCAACGUCUUGCUUCAACUUCAAUCUUGACUUGUUUUGAUACAAGUCUGAUGAUGGGUGAUAUAGAUAUAAACGAGGCCUUGGCCUCUUUAGAGGUGUUGAUGUCAGAAUUCUUUGCACCAACAACUACAAACUACAGAAAGAGGGAAAUAGAAAGUAUGUUGGAAAAUUUUUCUAAUAGAAGAGACUCAUGGAAACACUGUUUGUUAUUUCUUCAAAAAUCACAGAACCAAUAUGUCUUGAUGUUCACGUUAACAACAUUAGAGAAUAUUAUAAAUAGACAAUGGAUAAGUUUAUCAAAUAAUGAAAAAACAGAGAUAAGGCUAACGCUUUGGAAUGAGUUGAUGUCUAAGCACGAAGUGAUGGUGUACUUCAUUCGCAACAAACUAGCUGCACUAAUGGUUUCAAUCGCUCGAUAUGAUUGGCCUGAUCUUUAUCCUGAUUUCUUUGACAAUAUUGUUGAAUUAACAAAGUGUGAUGGACAUCUUUGCAUACUGGGGUUGGUGCUGGCACAAGCCGCUAGCGAAGAGUUGGGAGCGGCGCGCGACACGGGCGUGUUACUGCCUUCACAGAGGAGACACCAGCUGGAGAGGCUUAUGCUCAAGGGGGUGCCUCAGUUAUUAGCAGCACUGAGUGCAAUUUUAGAGAAAAAUGUUCAAGAAGGUCAGUCAAAUCCCCCGCCGUCGCCCACUAGUGGGAUUCCACAAGUCUCUGCUCUGCCCGAUCUGCUUGCUAGUGCAAGAGAAGACCAGUCAAGAAAUGUAGAUAAGGCUCUGAAUACGGAGAUAGUAGUGAAGUGCCUGAGCACACUGCAGCACCUGUUCUCGUGGCUGCCGCUGUCCUCGCACGUGCCGCCGUCGCUCGUCACCACAGUCUUCUUCUGGGGCAGCAUAGCCACGCAGUCACAUAGUGCGGAGGCGGCGCUGGCGGGUCUGGGCGGCGUGUGUGAGCUGCUGUACCGGCGUUACGCGCCGCCGUCGUCCGCCACCACCGCGCUGCGGCUGCAUCACUGCGCGCUGCGGCUGCUGCGCCAUCUCACCCACGACCCUCAGCACAUGAUGCAGGCGCCACACGAUUAUCUCAACAAGUUAGCUGAACUCCUAAAACUAUUUGUAUCGUUGCAUUUCAAGAGGCUAGAGGCCGAACCAGAAUUUGAUGCAAUCGAAUUCUUAUCUUAUCUAUUCCAGUAUACAUUCCAGGUGCCAACGUGUGACAUAUUUGUAAAUUGCUUAGAUAUAUGGACACAAUUUAUUGAUAUUUUGAAGCCUGAAGAUACGCCCAAAUAUUGGGAGGCGCUGCAAGCGCUGGUGACGGGCGUGCUGAACAAGAUACAGUUCCAGCACAACAAGGCCCAACUGCAGCAUCUAGACAACGAAGUUUGCGAUGAUGAUGGUGAAACAGAAUGGCACACAUUCCUCAAGCACUGCAUCGAGUGCGUAGCUCGAGUGGCGGAUCUAGCGCCACUUGAUGUGUUCACGUCGGUGCUGGAGCGGUGGCAGUGCCUGGCGGGGGUGUACUCGCGGGCGGGGUGGCGCGCGGGGGCGGGCGCGGGUGUGGGAGCGGGAGCGGGGGCGGGGGAGGCGGACCGGCUGCUGGCCGCGCUGCUCGACCUGGCCACGCUCACGCGCCUGCUGGGCCGACUGGCGCCUGCGCUCACUGCAGAGCCGGAACCGCGGCGGCGCGGCGGCAUGAGCGCGGGCGGCACACUGGUGGAGCGCGUGUGCUGCGCGCUGGGCGCGGCCUCGCGUGCGCGUCCGCACCGCGCCGCCAGCAAUCAGGCGCACGCGCGCGCGCUCGUGCAGGUUCACGCGGAGAUGUUCGCGUGUAUGGGCGCGUGGUGUUGCUACGCGAACGACUGCGGCGUCCCGAUGCACGUCAUGGAGGGGCUCUUCACUUCAGCCGUUCCGUUCCUCAUGCCUCACGACUCUCCUGAGCCUCCACUUUUAUGUCACGCGGCGGCGCACCUGCUACUGAGCUUGUCCAAGAACGUGAAGUUUACGCGAGAGCCCGUGGCGCUAGUGGGCGACUUGUAUCACCAUGCGCAAGUCUCAUUGCGGUACUUGGAGACAAAGCAGACAGCGGCUGUAGUCCGAGAGGCGCUACUAUGUCUCUGCUUGCCGCGGACGUCGGGCGGCGCCACGGCCCCGGGCAACAACGGAGACGCAGCCCGCGCUCUGCUGGCGUCCUGGACGGAGCCUCUGGCGGCCUGCGGCCCCGCUGUCGCGCUGCCGCCGCUCACUGCGGUGCUGCUCUCCUUUGCGCACGCGCCCACCUCCAGCAAGAAGAUAAUAGCUGAGAGUAUGCAACAAGCAGCAGAAACAGCUCUUCGGAUGCUGCGCGAGCCUGCGUACGCGCAAGAAGAGGCGGAAAUAACAGAGUUCUUUUUGGCGUUGUUCACUGCGUUGUUGCCGCAACUUGGAAACUUUGCAUAUACCGCUAUUGAUGUGUUCCUCGAUGUCGCUCAGAGAGGCGGCGACGAUAGCAGCCUGGAGCGGCUGGUGUCGUGCGUGCGGCUGGGCGUGGAGGCGGGCGGCGGCGGCGUGCGCGUGCGCGCGGUGCUGGAGCUGCUGCUGCAGACGGCGCUGCCGCGCGCGCAGCCGCACCGACCCGACCUCGCGCGCGCCGCGCUCUCUCUGCUGGCCAGUGUACUGAUCCACCGCUGGCGCUACUUCUUCAUGCACAAAUGUGACGGAGAAGAAAGCGCACGGAGAACCAACGAAUUGCGGUCGGGGCUGGCGGCGCUGGGGCGGGCGCUGCUGCAGCCCGACAUCGAGCUCAUGAGGAUCAACAUACACACUCUGGACGUGCUCAACACCAAGUGGAAGCUGUAUCAUAAGGUGAUCUUUCGCACGGAAUUCCUUCCGCAGUUCCUGUCAGUUCUCCUGUCGUCGCUGGCGGAGGGCGGCGCGCGCGCGCUGCUGCGCGAGGAGAUCCUGAGCGCGCUGCACGCCAUGGCGGCCGUGGACUUCCCCGCCUUCCGCCUCGCCUUCCUGCCGCACUUCCUGGCCUCGCUCGACGGCCUCCCGCACCAACACGUGCACGAACUGGCGCAGUUCCCGUCCGACACGGAUCUUCCAACAUUCACUCAGAACAUCCAGCGACUGAUGAACGACGUCAACUGUUACCGCGCGUACAACGCACUGGCGACGCCUAGCGGCAUGACGUAACAACGCGGUAUAAUUUAGACAACCUAGUAAUAUUGACUGAAAAUGUAUAUAUGGUUGGUAUGGUAUGUAGUGUAGAGCGUUGAGUGUUGGUGGCCAUUGUUGAGGCAUAAAGCUAUUGGUGCACUGCUAAGAAGUUUUUGUUGCAAAGUACAUAUCUGUGGCCCGACCUCGUUCAUGCGCGGUGAAUAGUAUAAACUUAUGCCUAUCCAUUCUAAUAUUAUAAAUGUAAAAGUGUGUUUAUUAAUUUUUCUCGUCAAUAUCAUUGAAAUAUUUGCAGAUAAUGUUGUUUUAUAAUGAUAAUGUUUCCUCAGUAGGUUUUAUUGGAAUAAGAACUCGUAUUCAUCGUUCUGUGAAAAAAUCAAGAAACCACAUACAAUGAUUCUAUUCCAGAGAUUGUGUAACAAAUUUGUAAUAAUAAUAUAAAAUGAUCUUUUAUUUUUUCUUCGGCUAUGGCUCCAUCAAUCGCCAAAACUAUAACAAAAAUAAAUUCUGAUUUUCCUUUAUGACAUUUAUAAUCUGACAGUGUCAGUACAAUUUUUAAAGAAAAUCUAAGUACUAUGUCUUAUAAAGGUUUUCUUUACAUACCAUAUAUAGAGAGGUUGGACCACAGAGGAAAGAGAUAGCAGUACGUAUAUGUACGGUAUGGUAGACUGCAAACGUCCAUUUAAUAGUUUUAAUCCUUAGGAAUACGGACUUUUGCAGCCGACCGUACCUUGCAUUAAAGAGUUCUUGGGAGCACUAAUAUUAUAACAUCUAAACCUUUAUGGCGGUUUUUAUGAUGUAAAAGUCCGCAAUUUUAUUCCAUUUCGUGAAAAAUCCGCUUUGUGAUAUACACUAAUAGGUUUUUUAAUGUAAUUGUAAGUCACCGUUAUUGUUGAAUGUUCAUAAAUAUAAAAAAAUACAUAAUAAGUUAGGCGGCCUAAGUCACUUGGUUGAAAUAUGAAGAAUUUCAAUUAAGUCAUUUAAGUUGAUUGUAUGUUGUUCCGCAGUAGGUACUUCAGCAUUUACAAAGCAUUUCCAGAAGUUAAUUUCAAAUUUGUAAAUGAAAUUAGCGAAGUAAUUAAGGAGUAGGUACACUAUUCCACCUUACUGUUAUGUAGAUAUAUGCGACUAGGCAGUGUAACAUUACUACAUACAUGUAGUUCAUAAACAUCUAUAUGAAGCGUAGUACCACAACUUGUAUUAGUUCUGACAAGUCAAAUAUAUAUAAAUCCAUAGGUGAAUAUGUGUUAUUAAAGCUGGUACUCGCAAUCUAUAUUUAUUGUAAUUGUCAUACUUUGGAGCAAACAACAAAAUUAUAUCGAAGUUGGUUCUAGUCUAGGUCCAGUUAUCUGCAUCAGAUCGUUACAAAUGUGGUGAUUUAAAAUAACAUGAUAAAUAUAGGCUAUCAAUUUAUAUUUUGUUUAAGUUUUAAAUAAGGCGUAUACCGUAAAUUUUAAAAACUUUGCAUUUUUCAUGUGCUUUGAAGUUAUUUGAUCUUACGUAAAUAGAUCUGUGGUGGUAACGUUUUGAUCCAUUGCCGGUCUCUAAACGAGACAAAAGGUAUAUUAUCAUCUAUAGACGAUAUGUGUCCAAUAUAAGCACUUCUUUGCGUGAAGAACAAUAUAAGUACUAAAGUAAGUUAUAUUGGCACAGCAGAUUAAUGGAAACCACUAUUAGAGGUAUACUAAGGUGUUAAAUUAAAUCAAUUGGGUACUUUGAUAAAGAGUGACUAUGUAUUUGUAAAUUAUGUAAAGGGUUAUGUAUGAAUAGGUGCAAUAUGUGAUAGAUUCAGGUGACCACAUUAUGGAACAACAAAUUGUUAUCAGAAUUGAUGCAAUAUUUUUACACAAUUAGUGUAUAAAAUUAGAAUUUGUAUGCUAUAAUAAUUGUGGUGGAUAUCCGAGUAAAUUAUAUACUAUGAUUUAAAUAAAAAAUUGUGCUAAA